GUAAAAUUCGUUCGCGAUGCCCGAUUGCAAGUGGGGCAUGAUAUUCAUCUCCUGCUUAGAAAAACUCACCUCGCCCAGAAGCGUCGUUCUUCCUAUAGGUUCCCUCGUGUUUACCGUCAACGGCAUUCUACGUGCAACAAUGGCUAUCCAAGGAAUCGUGACUGCCAAGAUCAAGUAUAAGCGUGCAUCUGCCCCAAAAAGCCGCAAUGGCUGCAUCACAUGCAAGGUUCGACACCUAAAAUGUGACGAGGCGAAACCGACAUGUAACCGUUGCUGCGAGGACAAGAUCAAAUGCGACGGCUACGCGAUGCCUAAACCCAAAGCAACCCGGCGAAAGCACCGAAAAAAUGCUGUACCAACGAGCUCGGAUGCAAUUUCUUUGUGCUUAACGAUUGACGACAUUCCCUCAUUGACAAGUUCAGAGCGUCUAUACUUCCAACACUUCCUGAAGUUUACAACCACGCAGCUAUCACUCUCUUCGGACUCAACCAACUUUUGGCUCCGAUACGCUUUGCCCAUAGGCUAUCAGUUCGAAUCAAUUCAAUACAGCAUGGUUGCAGUUGGCGCCUCGCACCGACUAUUCAUGGCGAAAUCACUCGGUCACUCAGACCAGGACGAAUUGAAGAGCUUCGCCACUCACCAGUACAAUAAGGCUAUUGCUACCAUCAUACCGAGCAUGACAGCAUCGCAAGACUUGCACAUUAUCAUGAUCUGCUGUCUUCUUUUCAUCUCAUUCGAAGGCCUGACUGGUCGUUAUGAUGAACUUCUGCAACAUCUCAGCGCAGGAAUCUCGCUAUUCCAUUCGCCUUUACCGUCAUCAACCGAUGAAGAGCGCAUGAUGACUACAAAACUUGCUGAGAUGUUCUGUCGACUUGGAGUAGAGUCAUCCAACUUUAUGGAAGGUGAUCCCAGUGUCUCGGGGAUGCAAAAGUGGUAUCGUACAGCACAGCACUCCCAAUCUCCGAAACCGUUCAGCAAUCUCGACGAGGCAUCAUCUGCAUUGCGGCACUUAGACGUUCUCCAUGACGGAAAGCCUUGGCACUAUGAGGGAAGUGAUGACCCGAAUAAAGCUAGCCUCGCGAAGGAAGCAAACGAAAAGCUGCAGGGUGCUCUCGAUCAAUGGACCGCGCGCCUUGACGCCCUCUAUGAGCUCAGAAAAGAGGACAUAUUGAUUGAGGGGGAGCAGCAGUACCGCAACCUGCGUCUACGUCAGAGAUAUUGGCAAAUGGCGAUCGAUUCAUACUCCUCAGAAGAAGCGGCAGCUAACCCCAAAGCCUUUGAGCCAUUCUUGGCGGCAGCUAGAGAAGCAGCAGCGCCUUUCAUUGCUCUCCGCCAGCCGACAUUUUCGCUCGAUGGGGAUCUGAUCUCCGGUCUAGCUUUCGUCGCAUCGACUACGACCGAUGAUGAAACCAAAGUACAAGCGCUUGAUCUGCUCUGGCGAUUGGAUCGUCGUGAAGGUCUUUUGGACAGUCGCGAUAUUGUUGAGAUGCAUGAGCUAGCCAGGGCCCUUGAGACUUGCACAGAGGAGCCAGACUUUAAUAAAACUUGGAAACCCACGGCGGUGGCUGGAAUACCUUCGAUUAUUGAGAGAUUGCGGAACAGUCUGGGGCAAUUAAGUAUUUAGCAAUAUGCUGGUAGCCUCUUGGGAGUGAUUGAUCGUGACUAGUUUGCAAUCCCUUCUGAACUCAAUUUCAUGAUAUUGCGACUGGUCAUUUUUUCUCAGCUUAGGGCAGUUUACAUUCGGUGAAGUAAUUAACUCACUUAUAAAUAACAAAUCAACUCAAUUUAAGUACUAUGCCACUGUGUUCUGUUAUUCGCCCUUAAAAUAUAGUUAUAAAGUGUCUUUAAUUCGCUUUAUCUGUGAAACCAUUCUGUAUCCAGGAGAGGUUCAGGGUAGUUAAUUUCAUCCAUGAUGUCAGUCUUAGAGAGAUGCUAUAGGCAUUCAAGAAGACUAAUUCGAAAUACCGAAAUGUGUGAGUCAGCAAGACGUUUGAUUGGUUCAAAUACCACGCUUGAAGUGGUAAGGAAGAAUCGAAGCCAUAUGCUAAGCCUUCUGAGGUGGGAAUGUG